AAUUAUAAGUCACAACGAAUAUAAUUCCUCUUUUUUUUUCCCUCUUUACUCCACUUCUCUUUCUUCUCUACUAAACUAUCACACACAUGAAUGUACUUUACCCUCACCUUUCGACUUUAUUUUCAUUAUGGACCUCUCUUGAUGUUGAUGCUUGUACAAUAAAUAAAAAACUCGAAUCUGUCAUUGCAGAACUAGAAAGCUUAAUUUCACAAGAACGAAAAGAAAAGACUCUAUUAUCGGCAAAUAUUGAAGACGUCUUGGCAAAUAUCGAAUAUGCAUCCAACUUAUUAGGAGUCUCACUUGAGAACAUGUUAAAUACGAGUAUCGUGGAUGAUAACUUUACUCUCUCUCCAGAUAUGUUGACCAUUUACAACAGUUUAAAUCCGACUUAUCCUAAAGAGAGAGCUUUAAUCGAGUUGGACUCUAGACUGAGUCAUGAAAUAUCGAUUCGACAGUUACAUGUAACAGACUGGUUAUCGCUAAUUCAGAAAUUAUGUAAAGAACUGGUAAUCCCAUUUAAAUUCAAGGAAACUGAGGAGUAUCUCAAUCAAGAUCUUUCUUGGGCAACCAUACAAUUAAUUAGUUGCGAAGUACGUGACUUGCAGGAAACAAGAAGUUCAAGACUAGUAAAAUUUGAUAUGCUUGUCAAGACAAUUCAUUAUUACUGGCAUAUUUUGAACUAUGAGAAGACUAACCUGGACCCUAUUGAAGUGUCAUUAGCUGCCUUAUUUGAGAACUUUCCAUUAGAUAUCGACAUUUAUAACAUCACAACGCAAGAUGCUGCAUUUUCAUAUUACGAACAUCCUACGAACGAAUUAAAAUUAUCCCAGGAUACAUUGGACAUUCUUUAUACCAAAAACGAAGCAUUAAAGUCAAUAUUUGAUCAAAGAUAUCAGUUAUAUCACAAGUCUGUAAUCAAAGUAAAGGCUGUCUGGGAAGAAUUCAAUAUUCCAAUAUUAGAACGACCCACGAUACCAACAUCCCUAAGUAACAAAGAUAUGCAAACACUUAAAAAUAUUGUCGAUAGUAUCGAACCGUUAGUAAAAAGUGUGUUCGAUAAAUACAUCCAACAGUUCAAGGACCAAUUAAUACCCUUAUGGGAUGCUUGUCUCCUAUCAGAAAUAGAACGAAAGGAAUUCAUAACAUCCCUUUAUGAUAAAAAUACAAAAUUGGAAAUCAAGGCCGAAGUGGAUAAUCACAUGACCUAUUUAAAAAGUAUUCACUAUGAGGGACAAGCCUUAAAAGCCCUGAUGAAAGAACGGAAGGAUUUAAUACAGAAAAUGAUUGACUUUGAAAAAACUGCCUCUGAUCCCAAACGUCUCUUUCAGGCGUCAUUUCGUUUAAUUGAAGAAGAAAAAUGGCGUAAUACAUGUUUACCUCGCUUGUUACAAUUGGACCGUGCCUUGAUUAAAGCUAUUGGAGAGUUCGAAAAAUUGGCUGGUAAGCCAGUUAUGAUUGGAGAGCGUCGAUACCUUGAUACCUUGUUGGAUGAAAUUGCAGAUAGAGAAGCAAAUCAGACUUUCUUCGGUUUUCUUAGUUCCGAACCAGUGGAUCGACCCGUCUCCAAGCGCAUGAAAAACAGACCCGCAUCUGUUGGAAGCAUUGGCUCAAUCGUUGUACAAAACAAAAAACCACAAUUAAAAUCACGGGCCGUCUCAGCCAUUAUCACGACCAGUAAUAACAACAUGCCUAAAAAGAUCAAACCAUCACAAUCUAUGCCCCUAAGUAAAAAGCAACAACAGUUACAAAAAAAAUCCUCUUCUUCAAGGAAAAAUAGCAAUACGCCUGAUAACACACCUAAUACUACGGACUUGACAAAUGAUGAUCUUUACUCCACCACUGCAUAUAUCAAUUCAAAUAUAACCCUCACAAAAGCAUUCAAACCCCAACGUGGCGGUAGCCAAAUGUCUUCCAUGAUACCCAUCGCUUCUAGAACAGCACUUACCUCAACUAAAUCUCUUUAACGAAAUAAAAAAAAAUCUGCAUUAUCCUAUAAAUGGGAUUUAAAACAUAAGC